AAUGCUGCCUUUUUAUAUGGUCUUGGUUUGGUCUACUUCUACUACAAUGCAUUUCAUUGGGCAAUUAAAGCAUUUCAAGAUGUGCUUUAUGUUGACCCCAGCUUUUGUCGAGCCAAGGAAAUUCAUUUACGGCUUGGGCUUAUGUUCAAAAUAAAUACAGACUAUGAAUCUAGUUUAAAGCAUUUUCAGUUAGCUUUGAUUGACUGCAAUCCCUGUACUUUGUCCAGUGCCGAAA